AUGCAGCCAAUAGACUUUGCUGCUCUUCUUGCGGAAGCUCGCGCUGCUCGCAGGAAACAGAAGCAGCAGCAGCAAGAGCAGCAACAGCAGCAACAGCAGCAGCCACAGCAGCAACAGCAGCAACAGCAGCAGGAGCAACAAUGUGUAGACGGAACUACCCCAGAGAGCGGCAGCAAUGGCAGCAACAGCAGCAGCAGUAACAACAGCCGCAAUAACAGCAGCAGCAAUAAGAGCUGCAGCAGCCGCCAGAUCAGCAGCAACAAGAGCAGCAGCAGCAGCAACAGCAGCAGCGGCAGUGCCAGUGCUGCGCUGCAGUGGUCUGGCUGCUGCACAUCUUUUGUCUUCAAUUUGCUGCAGACACAGAAGCCUCUGCAGCAGCACCAAUUGCUGCAGCAGCUACGGCAGCAGCAACAGCAGCAGCAGCAGCAGCAGCAGCCACAGCUGCUGCUGCUGGAUUUCCGCAGCGCAGAUGCCUUUAACAAAUGCCACAUAGCCCAGGCAACGCAUGCAGAGGAGCUGCUGCAGCAACUGCUUGUGCAGCAGCAGCAGCAACAGCAGCAGCAGCAGCAGCAGCGGAUGCGCAUUAUCGCGUAUGUGGAGGAUGAAGAGGCAACGCGGCGCUUUUUUGCAUCUCCUGAGCAGCAGCAGCAGCAGCAGCAGCAGCCAAUAGGCAGCAGCAGCAGCGACAGCAGCAGCACCACCACCAAUAACAAUAUCAGCAUGAGCAGCAGCAGCAUGCAUAAGCUGCUGCAGCUGCUGCUGCAGCAGCAGCAGCAGCAGCUAGAGCUGCUGUAUAUAUCUGUGGGGUUUUGUGGCUUUUUCUCUGAUUAUAACUUCUUAUGUCUUAGUACUGCAGCAGAAGCAGCAGCAGCGCAGCAGCUGCAUGCAGCAGCAGCAGCAGCACUCAUGAGUUACCCUCAAGAGGUAUUCAGAGUCCCGUCAGCAGCACCAACAGCAGCAGCAGCACCAACAGCAGCAGCAGCAGCAGCAGCAGUGCCGUUUACGGGGCUGUUUGUGGGGAAACCGCUGCAUGCAACUAGCAGCAACGUGCUGCUGCGGUUGCAGAUAAAGCAUUUGCUAGACCUUUCCGCUGCUGGGCUCAGCAGCAGCAGCAACAGCAGCAGCAGCAGCGGGAGAGGCAGUAUGACUUGCUGCUCAUGCUGCUGCUGCUACUGCUGCACUUGCUGCAGCAAAGCGUCUCCUCAAGCGCCAUCUGUAUGGCGCCCAGCAGCAGCAACAGCUGCUGCUGCUGCGAACUCUCCUGCUGCUGCUGCUGCGCUGCUGCAGUACUCUGUAGAUGUUAAGGAAGUGCAGCAGCAGGUAAUGCAGCGGCUAGGUCUUACUGGCUGCUGCUGCAGCAGCAGCAGCAAAGGCAGCAGCGGCAGAAGCAGCAGCAGCAGCUGUUGCGCAGGGUCUGUGCUGAUUGUAGCCGACGACGACGCAUGCAGCCGCAGCGCAGCAACCCUUGUCCUUGCUGCUGCCCUCAGCAGCAGCAGCAGCAACAGCAGCAGCAGCAGCAGCAGCAGCAGGGACCCGAUGGGGGCUCUAGCUCAAGUACUCCGCAGGUGGAAGGAUGCGCAGCUGCUGCCGCAGCACAUGCAGCAACUGAGGCUCUGCAGCAGCAGCAGCAGCAGCAGCAGCGGCAGCAGACCCAACCAAGCCCGGCGCAGCAGCAACAGGAGCAGCAACAGCCGACGCCGGCGCAGCAGCAGCAGCAGCAGCAGCAGGAGCAGCAACACACAAGAAGAGGAUGGCUUGCUGCUGCAGCAAGCAAUGGCAGAAACCCUUACAGUGUAUACUGCACCAAAGACACCACGCCUCUCUGCUGCUGCUGCUGCAGCAGCAGCAGCAACAGCAAACACUGCUGCUGCUGCUGCUGCUGCUGCUGCUGCUGCUGCUGCUGCGUUUCAGACGGCUUUAGUCCGGCUGCAGCAGAGCGGAGGCUUAGUAGACACACAUGUAGCGCAACAGCAGCAGCAACAGCAGCAGCAGCAGCAACAGCAGCAGCAACAGCAGCAAAUGCAGCAGCAGGGGCUAGACGAUGCUGUAGAUGCUUUGUUGAGGGCUUUGUGGGGAGGAGGGGAAGCAGCAGCAGCAGCAGCAGCAACUCGCAGCUUUGCUGCUGCUGGUAUUCAGCCUGCUGCAGCAGGAGGCAGUGUUCUCUGCUGCUGCUGCUGGUUGCUGGCAGACCUUAUUGGACUACUCUGCAUGCAUGCGCAGGAGCAGCAACAGCAGCAGCAACAGCAGUACGAGGCAUUCGGCGGCCUGCUGCUGCUGCUGCAGCGACUGGUGAAGGAUGAGCAGGCAGCAGCAGCAGCAGCAGCAGCAGCAGACUGCUGGAGCCCAAUUGGCGUCGCCCUCUUAAAUGCCACCAUCUUCUGGCAGCAACAGCAGCAACAGCAGCAACAGCAGCAGCAGCAGCAGCAGCAAGGCGAACAGCUGAGGGAGUUGCUGCUGCUGUUUCUAGGCAUUGAGGGCGAAGCCCUACUUACUGCAGCGGAGGAAGCCACCACCAGUGACAGCAGCAGCAGCAGCAGCAGCGACAGUAGCAGCAGCAGCAGCGACAGCAGCAGCAGCAACAAGGGAGAGACUCUGUACGGCAUUCCUUCUGAGGGUCUUCGCUGUGCUGCAGUUGCGCUGUACUGCUUCUUCCUGCAGCCUCUGCUGCUGGAUGAGCAGCAGCAGCAGCAACAGCAGCAGCAGCCGCUGCUGCUGCAGCAGGGGAAGGUGCAGCACACCAUUGACGAGCUACGUAAGUCUAAAUGGGGUUGUGUUGUUCCCUCUCUUGCUGCUGCUGCUGCUGCAGCAACUGCAGCAGCUCCAUCUGUCUCCCUCCUAUCCAGCAGCAACAGCAGCAGCACCAACAGCAGCAACAACAGCAGCAGCAGCACAGUGCCAGACACGUUGCAGACCGUGCUGCGGCCAUUUGUGCUCCUGCUGGAUGAAGCCUAG